UGCGGCGCCAGUUGAGGCGCGGUGAGCCGUGAGCCCCGCGAGCUGCUGUUGCCGGUGCGAGGAACCCGACGUGACCCCUAUCAGUGCGCCCCGCUCCAGCGCCAUGCACUGCGAAGUGGCCGAAGCGCACUCAGACAAGAGGCCGAAGGAGGCACCCGGUGCUCCUGGUCCUGGCCGUGGGCCGGCAGGCCUCAGCGCGCACAUGGCCUUUAGGGUCACUGUGAGCAGUGGUGGCUGCGGGGAUGUGGAUCGUCGUGACCUGCUGUCCCGGCCGACGGUGCCACCCCCUCGCGCUCACGACCUCCUCCGGCCCCGGAGCCCUCGAGACUAUGGUCCGUCCAAGGCCGCCACGGGAAAGGUGAACGGGAGCUACGGCCACUGCACCCCAGGCUCGGAGAAGAGCCUGCUGGACUUGGACCUUGUGGAGGGCCUUGGCCCCACCUGCCGCCAGGGCCUCUUCCUUCCAGCAGGAACCCCACUACCCCGAGGCCACCCCCCAGCCUGUGACCGGCUGCUCCAUUUCCCCCACCCAAGCAGGUCACCCAGACCUCAAGCCACGUAUAUGAAUGGCAGCCUCUCAGCCGCACAGCACAUCAAGCAGGAGUCCCUGCCUGUCUAUCGGGCCAUGAUGGAAGCUCGGGCACCCCUGUCUACCCACUGCCGGGCCCCACCGGCCACCGGCCCGCGCACAGACCUGGACCUCCCAGGCCGAGGCCUCGCCAACCCAGCACCUUCCUGCUACCUUCUAAGCAGCGAACCCAGCUCCGGCCUGGGCCCCCAACCUGAGGCCCACCUGCCCGAGGGCAGUCUGAAGCACUGCUGCCUCCUGGGCCUGCCCCCCACCUCCUCAGCCUCCUCCUCACCCCGUACCUCCUCUGACAUCACCUCCAUCGUCCGCUCCUCCCAGACUGCUCUGGUCACCUGCAUAAAUGGGCUGCGAAGUCCCCCUCUACCAGGAGACCUGGGGGUUCCCCACAAGCGGGCCCAGCCUGGCCCUGCAACCACUGAGAGCCACGAGGGCAGUUUGCAACUUGAAUCCUGCCGGAAGGCGGGCUUCCUGAAGCAGGAGCCUGCGGACGAGUUCUCAGAGCUCUUCGGGCCUCACCAGCCAGGGCUGCCGCCUCCCUACCCUUUGCCUCCUUUGCCAUCAGGCCCUGGCCUUGGAGGCCUGGGGCUGGGCCUGGCAGGGAGGGGCGCUGGGCGACAGGCAUGCCGUUGGGUGGACUGCUGUGCAGCCUAUGAGCAGCAGGAGGAGCUGGUGCGGCACAUCGAGAAGAGCCACAUAGACCAGCGUAAGGGCGAGGACUUCACCUGCUUCUGGGCGGGCUGUGUGCGCCGCUACAAGCCCUUCAACGCCCGCUACAAGCUGCUCAUCCACAUGAGGGUGCACUCGGGUGAGAAGCCCAACAAGUGCAUGUUCGAAGGCUGCAGCAAGGCAUUCUCGCGGCUGGAGAACCUCAAGAUCCACCUGCGGAGCCACACGGGUGAGAAGCCAUACCUGUGCCAGCACCCAGGCUGUCAGAAGGCCUUCAGCAACUCCAGCGACCGCGCCAAGCACCAGCGCACACACCUGGACACGAAGCCGUACGCCUGUCAGAUCCCCGGCUGCUCCAAGCGCUACACCGACCCCAGCUCCCUCCGCAAGCACGUGAAGGCCCAUUCGGCCAAAGAGCAGCAGGUGCGUAAGAAGCUGCACGCCGGCCCAGAUCCCGAGGCCGACGUCCUGACUGAGUGUCUGGCCCUGCAGCAGCUCCAGGCGUCCACACAGCUGACCGACGGCGACGGGAAGGGUGGCCGAGCCCUGGGCCAGGAGCUGCUCCCAGGUGUGUAUCCUGGCUCCGUCACCCCCCAUAAUGGGCUGGCAUCAGGCAUUCUGCCCCCCGUGCACGAUGUCCCUUCCAGGCACCACCCACUGGAUGCCACCACAGGUCCCCACCAUCUGUCCCCUCUGCCCACGGCUGAGAGCACCAGGGAUGGGUUGGGACCCGGCCUCCUCUCGCCCAUGGUCAGCCCACUGAAGGGCCUUGGGCCACCACCGUUGCCACCGUCCUCCCAGAACCAUUCUCCAGGGGACCAGUCCUUUCCCACGCUCCCCAGCAAGCCACCGUACCCGCCCUUCCAGAGUCCUCCACCCCCACCUCUGCCCAGCCCGCAAGGGUACCAGGGCAGCUUCCACUCCAUCCAGAAUUGCUUCCCCUACGGCGACUGCUGCCGGGUGGCCGAGCCAGCAGCCGGUGGGGACGGACUGUCUGGGGAGGCCCACGGUUUCAACCCUCUGCGGCCCAAUGGCUACCACAGCCUCAGUGCACCUUUACCUGCCACAGGCUACGAGGCUCUGGCUGAGGCCCCGUGCCCCCCUGCGCUGCCGCCACAGCCCUCCGCAGACGUGGUGCCCAGCGGCCCCGAGGACUGCAGCUUCUUCCCCAACGGGGCCUUCGACCACUGCCUGAGUCACAUCCCCUCCAUCUACACGGACACCUGAAGGGAGGCCCGGCCCACGGCUGUCCGCCUCCCACCACGGAUGCUGCCUUGCCCACCCACCGCGCGUGCCCCCACUACGUGCGCCCAGCCUGAGCAGCCAGAUGGAGGCCCCCGCCCCGAGCUGACUGGGGGCCCUCGCUGGAGCCCGGCUGAGCCCCGAUGAGGUGCCUGGCAGGAUCCGUGAGCUGUGACGCGCCCUUGACUGUGUCUUCCUUUUCUCUCCCCCACGGUUUUAAAAUCACAGACCUCAUGUAUAUAAAGUGUACAGAAUUUGUUUUCCAUUCCCCUGCCAGUUUUAUA